GAUAUGCCCCAACUGUCCUUCAGAUACUCUCACGAUCUGAGGUCAACUCUUGCUGUAUCUUGCACGACAAUGUCCAAACUGUCAUUCACUGUCCCCAAACUCCCAGCAGCCGACCAUGACAGGGCCGCCAGCGAUAAAUUCAAACUCAGCGCUCCCUCGUCGCCUCUCCAGUGCCGCAAGCCCUGCUUUUGGCUCCCCCACUCACGAGUUCUCCUCGUACUUUCAGCUCUGGAGGAUUCCGAUGAGCAGCAUCGUGCUUGCUGAUGGUGGCAUACAGAUGAGCCAAACUCUAGCAAUGAUGAAGACGACCGUCUCGAGGACAAGCUUAUCACUUCUUUCAACAAGUUUAGUGCACAGCGUAUCUACUGUAAAUGGCAAAAGGCCGAAGACCAAAGCCCCUACAAGCCUUCUUGUCAUUCCUUCGAAGCCAAGUCCUGACUGGCGGAAGGCAACACAGAAACGUCAUGCAGGUGCUGCACGAUUCAACCUUGACUCUGCAAAAGCGAGUGCAAGUGCAGACGGGAGCGUUGGAGGGCCAGGCACGCGCGAUACCCUCGACUCCGGCCCCCAACUCUCAGGUAUCCAGUCAGCAACAAGGAAGUUAGAGUCGACACCAGCAACGUCUACUGACGAACAGAUAGAUAAGUAUGAUAGGCAGAAGAACAUGCAUAUGCGAAAGUGGAAGAGACAGAAGACCAAAAAGCCCUUCUGUUGGCUGGAGAUAUGGACUCGGCGCCCCAGAUCGAUUCUAUUCCCGUUCCUCCCAAUGAAACCGACGCCGUCCAGCAAGACGUCGCUGAUCUUCCAGAUGUUGUUACUAUCGAUGACUAUGCACGUGUACGCAUCAUUGCGUUCCCUGCAUAUUCGCCUGCGGCCCAGUCUUUUCCGGCAUUAGUGGUGUCGAUCCUCUGACCGUACUUCCAUGAUAGAGCAGGUAGAGUAGGCGGUGGAAUCGAACGGAGGAAUGGACAUA